ACGCACAGACGAUCAGACUGAGCUCAGACCAAACUAGCAGCUUCCUCUGAGUGAGUCCAGCUACAGGAGAGAAAAGUGGAAAACUCCAACACUGCUGCUUCAAGCUGCUGACGCUCCACACACUGAAUCUUCACUCACAGACUCAAUGGCUUCCAGAUCAGAGGAGGAUCUCUGCUGUCAGGAGAGAGAUCAGAGAGCUUCAGAGGCUCUCUGCAGUCUGCACUCUGAGAAACUCAAACUCUUCUGUCUGGACCAUCAGCAGCCAGUGUGUGUCGUCUGCAGAGACUCAGAAAAACACACCAAUCACAGAUUCAGACCCAUCGAUGAAGUUGCACAACAACACAAGAAGAAACUUCAGGAAACUCUGGAGCCCUUAAAGAAGAAGUUAAAGGUUUGUGAAGAAGUUCAAGUGAAGUUUGAUCAAACAGCAGAACACAUUAAGGUCCAGGCCCGACACACAGAGAGGCAGAUUAAGGAGCAGUUUAAGAAGCUUCACCAGUUUCUAGCAGAUGAAGAGGAGGCCAGGCUGGCUGCAGUGAGGGAGGAAGAGGAGCAGAAGAGUGGGAUGAUGAAGGAGAAGAUGGAGGCUCUGAGCAGAGAGAUAGCAGCUCUUUCAGACACAGUCAGAGCCACAGAAGAGGAGCUGAGAGCUGAAGAUGUCUCAUUCCUGCACAACUACAAGGCUGCAGUGGAAAGAGUCCAGUGCUGCCCCCUGCUGGAUGAUCCACAGCUGCCCUCAGGAGCUCUGAUAGACCAGGCCAAACACCUGGGCAACCUGACCUUCAACAUCUGGAACAACAUGAAGGACAUGGUCUCCUACACUCCUCUCAUUCUGGAUCCAAACACUGCUCAUCCAAGCCUCAUCCUGUCUGAAGAUCUGACCAGUGUGAGAUAUGGAGGAGAGAGGCAGCAGCUUCCUGAUAAUCCAGAGAGGUUUGAUUUGUUCUGCUCUGUCCUGGGCUCUGAGGGCUUUAACUCAGGGACUCACAGCUGGGAUGUUGAAGUUGGAGACAGUACACGGUGGUUACUGGGUGUGUUGGCAGAGUCUGUGGAGAGGAAAGGAAACAUACAAUCUGGAUUAUGGGAGAUAUUGUUUGAUGGAAGUAAAUACUACAAACACUCACCAUCAGCUCCUCUCACUGCUCUCUCAGUUCAGAAGAAGUUCCAGAGGAUCAGAGUGAAUCUGGACUGGAACAGAGGAAAGCUGUCGUUCUCUGAUCCUGAUACUAACACACACAUACACACCUUCACACACACUUUCACUCACAGGAUGUUUCCAUACAUUCAAACUGAUGGUAAAGUGAAGGUGUGUCCGUUGAAGGUGUCAGUGUCAGUGCAGCAGAUGAGUUGA